GGCAACCGCGUAAUAAUGUCGAAUGUUUUGUUUUGAUAAUUUUUGAAAGUCCUACCGAAAAAGCUCCCUGUAGACUAUAAUUAUAUUAUAAUUUAAUCAGUUAUGCUCUCGAGCUAGCUACAUUGUGUUUUAAGACCGUCCACCGGUCUAGUGAUAACCUCCGAGUAAAUUUUCGUUCACCGGGUGCUAUCAUUUUUUUAUAUAAUAAGGUAAAAAUGGGUGACAGCGGAGGCGAAUUUGAAUCAGGAAAAAAUCAAGAUGACCUAAUUAUGCAAAGACAACGAGAAAUUGAAAAAGAGAUCAAUGAAUCCAUCAUGUUAGUGGGCGAUAAGGAGUCGCUGUCAACCUUGGAGGCAGAAUAUCUUAGUGAUGAAAUUUAUAAACUGAAAGUCAAAGAUCUGGCUACCAAGUACAAGAAUAUCCGCCGUACACGGCCGGACGGCAACUGUUUUUUCCGUGCCUUUGCUUAUGCUUACUUUGAAAGCUUGCUGGACCAUAAAGAAGACUAUAACAGUUUUUAUAAUAUUGCUGUAGAAAGUAAGAAAAAAUUGAUCUCGCUUGGAUUUCCUCAAUUUACUUUGGAAGAUUUUCAUGAUACAUUUAUGGAGGUGCUAGCCAUAGCUGGUAAAGAAGAGCCCAACGCUCAUGACGAACUCCAUGCUGCUUUCAAUAACCAAGGGUAUUCAAAUUAUGUAGUUGUGUACUUAAGACUUCUUGCAUCUGGUCAGCUUCAACAAGAUGCCGACUUUUAUCAACAUUUUAUCGAAGGAGAUAGGACUAUCACAGAAUUUUGUCAUCAGGAAGUGGAACCUAUGUUUAGAGAAAGUGACCAUAUUCAUAUCAUUGCUUUGAGCACAGCUUUGAAUGUCGGAGUCAGAGUUCGGUACCUAGAUAGAGGCGAAUCAACAGAAGCUAUCGCUCAUGAUUUCCCUGAAGGGACGCAACCAACAAUUCAUUUAUUGUAUCGUCCAAGUCAUUAUGAUAUUCUUUAUCCUAUCUAGCUCAAUAACUCAUUUUCCUCCUCCAUUUUUUCUACCCUAUGCUGUUAUUUCUAACUUCGACAAUUGCCGGAUAUAUUCCCUAGACUCUUUCCAAUCACGCUUUGAAACAAAAGUUUUGUUACAUUACAUUCUCAAUUGCUCCUUGUAAAUUUUAAUGUUUAUUCAAUUUUUUAGAUUCAAAUUCUGCAUCAAUAAUUUUACCCAAAUAAUAAAGUCGAAAUCGAUAUCGGAAAAAUCAAAUUGACCAUCAUAAAAAAAUUUUGUCCUUAUAGGCGAGAUGUUAUCCGUUUAAAACUCAAGUAUCUCGCUCUUCCUCCCCUGUACUUUUAUCAUUUAGUAUCUUGUUUUAAUUUAUCUUUUUUUUAAUACAAGCCCAAUGUCAUUGGCGCAUUUCAAGGUGACUGUAGCUUUGAGUGUUUUUCAUAACACUCUUAUGAUUCUUUGAUGCGACUUUGCUCGCAAAUCAUGAAAAUAUUUUUUUAACAUGCAGUUAAAACAUCUUUAGAUCUCUAAUCCAUUUACAUUGUGCACAUUUAAUUCCGUGUGAAAGUGUAAUAAAAAUAUUUAAAAGUCA